AUGACGUCGCAAAAUUUCACCAAUGUCACUCUAGGAAACUAUCUUCAUCCCCAUUUUGCGGCUGUCCUGACCGUGGCGAUCAUCUUGCUGGUUUGCGUGACGAUCAUUUGCAUCGUGGCAGCGUCCUUGAUUGCGGUAAUCAUUUACAUCCUUUUCGAGUUUGUAUACUGGCGUGUGGUGGAAAACGGAGGCGGCGGCGACGACGUAGAAGUCGAGUCUAAUCUCGAGGAAGGAGUUGAGAGAAGGAGAAGACGUCGUCAAAGGAAGUAUUGCAGGUUGAUGAUGGAAUUGCCCUGUGUUGAGUACGGAAGUGAUGGUAUAGAGACCACAUCCAGAGAAUGUGCGAUUUGUUUGGAGGAUUACGACGGGGGCGAACCAUGCAGAAUAAUGCCGGUGUGCAAGCACAUGUUUCAUGUGGCUUGUAUCGAUGAUUGGCUUCGCAUCAAAAUUGCGUGCCCUGUUUGUCGACGAUGCGUAUUCAAUGUGAAGAACGAUAGAUGA